GCUGCUCCCCCUCCGCCCCCUCCUAUCCCCACCUCACUCCGCUUGUGCGGCCGCGUGGAGUUGCUGCUGCGGAGUUGCGGCCGCGCUCCCCCGCCCCUCCCCCCGCAGAGCCUUCGCUCCGGUACGAUCGAAGCUCAGGCAGCCCGAAUCUCCUCACGCUUGAAGCAUCUGUGCUGGCUCCUCAACUAUGACCAUCGAGAAGAUGGGUAGAAAGAAGAAUCCAAUUGUCUUUCUGGAUGUAUCGAUAGGUGAUGGGCCUGACGAAAGAAUGAUAUUUGAGCUGUUUGCUAAUGUUGCUCCCCUUACAGCAGAGAACUUCAGAGCAUUAUGCACAGGUGAGAUGGGAAUCGGACAAACAACUAAGAAGCCAUUAUAUUACAAGGGAUCAACAUUCCACCGUGUCAUCAAGGGGUUCAUGGCACAAGGUGGUGACUUCUCAAAUGGAGACGGAAAUGGUGGAGAAAGUAUAUAUGGUGAACAAUUUGAAGAUGAAAAUUUUGUGCUACGCCAUGAUGACCGGGGUCUCUUGUCAAUGGCAAAUGCUGGACGUAAUACCAAUGGUUCCCAGUUCUUCAUUACGUUCAAGCCUAAUUCUCAUCUUGACAGGAAGAACACUGUUUUUGGAAAGCUUAUUCUUGGAAAUGAUGUGCUGAAGAGGAUUGAGCAUGUUGAUGUGGAUGGUUCUACUAAUAAGCCUAUUGUUCCAGUAAGAAUAGUGGAUUGUGGGCAGCUUGUUGAUGGUAAAGGCCGGGGAUAUGGCUCAACCGAAAAUGAUAAGAAGAAAGUUAAAUCAAAGUUGUCCAUUGAUUCAUCUGAAGACGAAGGUAAUGAAGAAAAACACAAGAGCCGUCGCAAGAAAUCUUCAAAGAGGAGAAAGAAGAAGAGAAGAUACUCUUCUUCAGAAUCAGAAAGCUCAUCCGAGUCUGAGUCGUCAGAUUCUGAGAGUGAAUCUGAUAACUCCAGCGAGUCGUCUGACAUCAGCAGCUCAAGUGAUGACAAGCGAAGACGAAGGAAGAGACACUCCAAGAAGGAUAAACGCAAGCAUGGGAAAAGAAGGCGAGAUCGCAGGCGCGAGAAAAGGCGUAGAAAGCGUGACAGGAAAUCAAAGCAGAAGUCAAAAAGGAUGGUAGAGAGUGACAGUGAAACUGGAAAUGCGAGUGAUAGCAGCUCUGAGGAUGCCAGAAGAAAGCGGCAGCGCCAUGGAAGGAAAUCUAAGGCCACAUCUCAAAUUUCUGCUGAAGAUCACACAGCAGUAGCUGCUCUGAAGGAUGCCACUUCAACUCAAGAAAAGAUUGGAACACCAAGGAGUCUGGCACAAGAAGACAAAUCUCAACUGGAAAAUGGGGAGAUGCGCACAAAUGGUGUUACUGACUCUAAAUCUGAAAGGAAGGCCAGUAUUGUGCCUGUUCUAACUGGCAACCGAAGCAAAUCUAGGAGCCAGAGCACGAGUGCUAAUCACUCCAUGAGCAAGAGCAUGAGUGUAAGUCCCAGAAGCCCAAUCAAAAGGUCAAACGUCAGCCUGGAGAGAUUGGUAAGCCCGAGUCCUGUUCAUCAGCGUAGUAGAAGUCCUGUCCAUGCUCCAAAACAAAAAGAAAGCAGGAGCCCACCCCGACAGAGGAAUAUGAGCAUGAGUCCUCAUCGAAGAAGCCCCAGCAAGAGCCCACCUGGAAGUGCAAGCAGAAGCCCUGUUGUCCGCAGGAACAGGAGUCCUGUUGAAACUCGGACAAGAAGCAUUAGCAGGAGCUCAGCUAGGUCCUUGCAACGAAGAAGUCCAAGUAGGAGCCCAGAAAGAACUCGUGUGCGAAAAAGUGUCAGUCCAAGCCCCACACCUAUGGAGAAGGGAAAAAGCAUUAGCCGAACUUCUGCAAGGUCUCCACUGCACAAGGGUUUUAGCCGGAGUCCUGAUAUGCCUCCUAGAAAGACUACAAGCAGAAGCCCUCAAAGGAAUGCUCAUAGGAACUUCAGCAAGAGCCCUGUGGGAUCUUCUAGAAGAAGCUUGACCCCUGUAAGAGGUGGUCGAUCUCGCAGGAACGCCAGCAGAAGUCCUAGCCCACCUCGCAGGGCAGUAUCACCACCCAAUCACGGUAGGAGCCCAUCUAGGAGUGUCUCUCCUGAUGGAUCAAAACGCAUAAGAAGAGGGAGGGGCUUUACUCAACGUUACUCAUUUGCAAGACAGUAUCGUUCACCUUCUGUUGAUCGUUCUCACCGCUAUGGUGGAAGAGGUGACCGUGACAGGUAUAUCAGUCACCGGGGCACUCGUUAUCGAUCACCUCCAAGACGAUACAGAAGCCCACCAAGAAGAGCAUCACCAAGGCCUGGCAGGUACAGAAGGAGGAGCCGAAGUGUGUCACGCAGCCCACCAGCUUAUCGAGACCGUGCAAGGGGAGGUGGCUACAGCAGGAGUCCACUACGUAGUCGUUCGCCUCCUGGUGGGAAACCAAGUUCACAUGGUGGUCGUGCACGGUCGCUCUCCAGGAGCAGGAGCCUCUCUGGGUCAAGAUCAAGGUCCCCACCACCUGUGCAGGAUCGCUCCCCCCUUGCCUCCCCAUCUCCGAAACGUGCAAGUAACGAUAGGUCCCGGUCUAUGUCGGUCAGUCCUGAAGGGAAGAAGGGUUUGGUUUCCUAUGGAGAUGGCUCCCCUGAUUCUGCUGGGAAGUAGGGGGAAAAAGAAAGGACUCACUAGCUGUUUUCCCUGCUGUUUUUCCGCUCUGUUAAAAUGUUACAUAUGCGAUUCGAGGUAAUUUUGAAUUUGGUUGAAUUA